AUGGUAAGAACCUUAAAAGCUAUUCAUGGCGGCAUUCGCAAAUUCUCUACUACACCAAGCUAUUUAUCCAAUUAUGGAUUCAUUGGAUUGGGACAGAUGGGACGCCAUAUGGCAAGACACAUUUACAAUAAACUUGAACCGCAUGACCAACUAUAUGUUUAUGACACUAUUCCUAGUGCCACAGAACAAUUUGUAAAAGAGAUUACGAGUGCCAUGCCUAGCAACAAAGGAAAACUUGUGCCAUUGAAAGCGAUCGAUGACUUUGUGAAUAAAGUCGAUUCACAACUAGAUUUUAUAGUUACAAUGGUUCCUGAAGGUACACACGUUAAGUGUGUAAUUAAUGAGUUGGUGAGCAGUUAUCAGAAACAGGACGUAGACAAUUCAAGUACCAAAACUACAUUUAUUGACUCUUCAACAAUUGAUAUUCCUACUUCCAUUAGUAUACACGACUUUGUCAAAAGCGAGAUCCCUCAGUUUGAUUUCAUCGAUGCACCUGUAAGUGGUGGUGUGGCAGGAGCUAGAAAGGGGACCUUAUCGUUUAUGUUAUCAAGAAAAGAUCAUGAUGCAAUUUCUCCGGGCUUGACACAUUUGUUGAGCAAGAUGGGGACUAACAUUUUCCCCUGCGGGGCUAAACACGGUUCUGGUUUGGCUGCGAAGUUGUCCAAUAACUACUUAUUGGCGAUCACCAAUCUCGCUGUGGCUGAUUCUUUCCAACUCGCAAAAGCUUUUGGUUUAAAUUUAGUUAACUAUGCCAAGUUAGUCUCGGUAUCAACAGGUAAGUCCUGGGCGUCUGUCGACAACUGCCCAAUUCAAGGUGCAUAUCCAAAAGAAAAUUGUUUGCCGGCUGAUGCUCACUAUGAGGGCGGCUUUGUGACCAAAUUAACAAGGAAAGACCUAGUGUUGGCAACUGAAAGUGCACGUCUGCGUAACAGAUUCUUGUUCAUGGGAGAUAUUGGUAAAUACUGGUAUGAUAAGGCCUGUGAAAGAGAAGAUUUAGCUAAUAGAGAUCUUGGUGUUCUUUAUGAAUGGCUAGGUAAUAUUGAAGUUGAUGAAGAUGGUAAUCUAAAGGAAAUAAAGAAAUGA